UUUUAACCUGUUUUUAUACAGUCUAUGGUUUUAACGCAACUGUGAAGUUCAGGUGACUUCAAACCAUAGACUGUCAAACGCACGGGAAGAGCACCUCUGAUUGGCUGAUUUAUAUUCCAGACGUCUCUGUCUGGAUUCUGAUUGGUCAGUUACUGUUUGUUUUGCGCCACAUGACGUAUAAGAAACUUCCUCAGAAAAUACAGUAAACAAAUCUACGGAUUAUAUUCGGUCGCGACAUAUUGAGCACGGCGGCUUGUGUGAAUUUAGGAAUUUAUGAUGCUUUCGGUUGUCAUCACACGGUUUGCGCAUUAGAGCAGGUCGACGGGAGGGACACAAAGGAGGGAACUGUAGAAAAAGCGCAGAAGCGUGCCGCACGUUCGUUUGGUUGAGUGCGCUUGAUUACUGAAUGCUCAGGCUUCAUGCCGUUGAGUUGAGCACGCUUCUCUUCUGGCGACAAUACUGCGACCAGCGUUUGUCUUGAAGAAAUCGUUCAAAUUUAGACAUGGUGAAGCAGACCAAGGCCAAAACUUUCCAGGCCUAUCUGGACUCCUGUCACCGCCGCUACAGCUGUGUGCAUUGCCGUGCACACCUGGCCAACCAUGAUGACCUAAUUUCUAAGUCGUUUCAAGGCAGUCAGGGCCGUGCCUACCUGUUCAAUUCUGUGGUGAAUGUGGGUUGUGGCCCAGCAGAAGAAAGGCUGCUGCUGACCGGUCUUCAUGCUGUGGCUGAUAUUUACUGUGAGAAUUGCCACACCACACUGGGCUGGAAAUAUGAGCAGGCAUUUGAGUUAAGUCAGAAGUAUAAGGAGGGGAAGUUUAUUAUUGAAUUAUCUCACAUGAUUAAGGAUAAUGGCUGGAACUGAAGCCUUCA